UUCAAGACUUUCGUGCUAACUGUCAAAUACUGACUGCACUUCUGCUUCCUUUCGUUUUGAAACUUUUACAUUCGCAAGGAGAUUCCACAAAGAAUCAAUUGAUUGCUUAAUAUUCUGAGUGAAGCUGAAUGGUUCUGUCAAGUGAUUUAUUUCAAGAAUUGAAACCUGUUUACAUUUGUCAUCUACAACAAAGUGAGAUUAGCUCAUACGUUGGGAAUCCAACAACGUACACCCUUAAACUUUCUUUAUCGGUCAUCAUCUAAUCGACAGGAUUUUCCACAGACCACUGGGUUGUUUGAUUUCUUAAGCGAGGUCGAAUAUCAGCUGUACACACUUUUGGCGGCAAUUCGAUUCAACUUAUCCCGCCUGACUGGAGAUGGAAGUCCAACGGAGAGGUCUGCGUUUGUUAAACACAUAUGGGCCAGUGGAAUUAAAAAAGACGGCUACUAAGCCAGGUGUUAACACGCAUUCCAAACCAUCGCCAGUUGGAACUGUCCAAAAGCCUGUGAAAACUGCUAACCAGCCAAAGAUCCUAAAAUAUUCUGUUUAUGUGGAUCCUGUAGAGGACAAAUGUCAACACUGUGGCAGUCAGCGACCGAAAAAGUCUGGAGAACAGGUGAAGGAAACGAAAGAGAUGUCUGUUCAGGUGAAUCGGACAGAUCUGAAUGAAUUGUUGUGUUCAGUUGAUCCAUCUUCAGAAUACUGGGAAUCUAUUGCUGAGGAACGACGAGUAGCCCUGAAAGAGACUUUGGAUGAGAACAAACAGGUACGCUUGAGAUUCCAUAGUUUACGAUUGAAUUUAUAGUUAUGUGAAUUGGUUGAGAAGCUGAAUCUGGAGAUUGACAGACUAAAUUCUCUGAUUGCUCAGAAGGAGUCUACUAAAAAAGCUUAACAAGAUCUAUCGUGAUCACAAAGGAGUUUCUAUAUGGAUAUCAAGAUAGUGAAGUAACGCAUGGCUUAUAAAUACUUGCAACUUUGUAUUUGUGAUGUUUUGUAACAUUUGAUGUACAUAAACUCUUACUUUCGGC